CUGGGGACAGGAAGUUCGUCUCUGCGCAAGAGUCCACGCAGCGCCCACUUUGUUGGCCUUGGUUCCAAGGGCCAGAGCCAUGGCCAGGGCCUGUCAAUGAGUUGCAGAGCUUGUUGAGGCCGGGUCACGUGCGUUCGGAGACCAGAUUUUGGAAGAACGUCGGAGUGAUUGCGAAGGGUUCGACUGCCAAGGUAGCGAGCGAGGGCCAGGCUUCCCGUCCUCGUCGCCGCCACCACUAAGAUGGACAGCUCACCACGGGUGCUGCUGCGCACCGAUCUGAUCCUCAUGCCGCUCUUGACCAUCGCCUUUGGACUGCAGUACUACGAUAAGGCGGUACUUGGCUCUGCAAGCAUCUUUGGGAUCCGAGAGGACCUACAAUUGAUCGGCAACAGAUACGGCCAGUCUAAUGCCUUUUUCUAUUAUGGCUACCUGGCCGGUGCAUUCCCCAUGGCUUUUCUUGUCCAGCGAUGGCAACGUCGACUCAACAUCUUUUUGGGCCUCGCAAUCGUCCUCUGGGGAGCCAUCGUUAUGCUCACGCCCCUGGUAGCUGACUGGAGAGGCUUGUACGCCCAGCGCUUCUUUCUUGGCUUUGUCGAGUCGAGCGUCUCGCCUGGCUUUGUCGCCGUGACGAGGAUGUGGUACACGAGGCGCGAGCAGCCAAUACGACUAGGCAUCUGGUACUCUGCCACCGGCCUCUUCUCCAUCUUUUCGAGCCUGGUCAACUCGAGGCUCGGCAAUGCAAAGACGACCCUGGCUCCGUGGAAGCUCAUCUUCCUCGUUCCAGGAUCAAUCACCGUGGCCUUUGGCUUUCUGGUUCUUCUUUUACUACCGCCCUCGCCGCUCCGACUCCCGCUGCUGGCAAUCCCGUGCUACAAUCGUCUCACGCUUGCAGAUCGGCAAGGCAUCGACGCCAAGGUCCGAGGUAACCUGACGGGUACGCCAUCCUCUGCGGCUGCCAUGGCUUGGAAUUGGUCCCAAGCGAAGGAAGCCGCUCUGGAUCCUAAGAUCUACCUCUUCUUCCUCAUGGCGACAGCCAUCUACGUCACAAACGGAGCCGUGACCGUCUUUGGACCGAUUCUCGUCAAGGCAAUUGGGUUCACUUCGACCCGUGCUACUCUGCUCCUCACUCCCGGUGGUGCUACUACGGCUGUGUCUAUCUACGUCGUCACACUCCUGGCCACAUCGAAGCGGCUGGGCUUCGCAGCGACCGUGCCAUUUGCCCGUACGUUACUCCUGAUCGCCAGCUGCCUGCCGCCCAUUGUGGGUGCGCUCAUGUGCUGGAAGGGCGACUGGUCCAACAAAGGUAUUCCUCUGGCUGGGUAUUACCUCAUUCCCAUCUUUGGUGCACCUUUUGUGCUGCUUUUGGGCAUGUGCACGGCAAACAUCGCCGGCAGCACGAAGCAGGCCAUUGCCAGCGCUUCGAUCUUCGUUGGCUACAAUUGCGGCAACAUUGCUUCUAGCUACAUCCUCGUCCCUUCCGAGGCCAAAGACCACUACCCAACGACGUUCAAGACGGUCGUGGGGGUCAUGUGUGCCACAAUCGGCCUUGCACUGAUGCUUUCUGCAGUCAUGGCCUGGGAGAAUCGGAGGAGAGGCGGUGGUUGGUUUGCCGACAAAGACAGCGUGUCAUCCCAGCCUGAUUUGAGACCAGAAGAGCCGUCCGAAAAGGGAGAAGAUGGGAGACCGUCGCAGGAAAGUGCAGCGGCCUCGACGCUGCUAGACGUCACCGACUGCGAGAACAAGGACUUCAGAUAUACCUUGUAGAUUCAUCUCUGUAUUUGGUCACAUAUGAAUCAAAAGCAAGCCAAAGGCCAGCGGCUGCGGUGGUUGCAGCGUUCGAAAGGG